AUGACGGAGAAGAAUGAUAAAGGCGAAAUUGCCAGUGCAGAGCGCGAGAUGGAUAGACCCAGUCUUGACGACGGCGCCGUGGAGCAGCUUCAAUUGGCCUCGUUCCAGUUCUCCCCAGAAGCAGAGAAAAGACUCGUUCGAAAGAUUGAUUUAACGAUUCUCCCAGUCAUGCUUGUUGCCUAUAUGAUGGCUUUCCUGGACAAACAAACGCUGAGCUAUACUUCGUUGAUGGGGAUUCGUGAAGAACUUCAUCUCGUCGGCUCACAAUACAGUUGGGUCUCGGGAAUGUUCUACUUCGGUUAUCUAUUUUUCUCAUAUCCGGCAUCACUCUUGAUGGUCAAAUUCCCGCUAGGAAAGUACCUUGCAGUGAAUUUAGCCAGCCUUCUCUGGGCAGUUGUUCUAGCCUGUCAUGCAGCUACAUCCAACUUCAUAACGAUGAUGGUGACCAGGUUCUUCCUCGGAUGUACCGAGGCCAGCCUCUCUCCGGGGUUCACUCUCGUCACCUCUCUCUGGUAUCGAACAUCAGAACAACCACUUCGUGCCGGUAUCUGGUUCUGCGGAAACUCGCUCUCUCUAAUCAUUGGCAACCUAAUCGCUGUGGGCAUCCUGCAAAUUCAUAGCAGACUCUAUGCAUGGCAGUGGCUCUUCAUCAUCUUUGGACUCGUGACCUUCCUCUGGGGCAUCGUUAUGCUCUUCCGUCUUCCAGACUCUCCGGUGGAUGCGAAGUUCUUGACUGAUGAAGAGAGAAUGAUUGCGACCGAACGACUAAAGGCAAACAAGACCGGAUUCAAAAACAACCAAAUUGACCGAAGUCAAAUUGUGGAAGCCUUUACGGAUAUCAAGACUUGGAUUCUUGCGGUGCUAAUCUUGGCAUCAAAUAUUCCGAAUGGAGGAUUCACUACAUUCAACGGUCUAGUCCUGCAAGGCUUCGGGUUUAGCACGUUCAACACCCUUCUUCUCGGCAUUCCAGGGGGUGUUAUUGUGUUCAUCUUUGUGCUGGGCGGAGGUAUGAUCUCGUCCAAGGUCGCCAAUAGCCGGUGCCUUGCAAUGAGUGGAUUGAACAUUAUUAGUAUAGUGGGAAGCGCCCUUGUCUACGCCGCACACUCGGUCGGGGCUCGUUACGCGGGCCUGCUUAUCAUGGGAGCUUACUCUGCAGCCAUGCCGGUCUCUAUGGCGAUGAUUAGUUCGAAUGUUGGUGGAUUUACAAAGAAGGCUACAGUCAGCUCGGUCUAUUUCAUCAUGUACUGUGCGGGUAAUAUUAUUGGACCCCAAUUGUUUUUCGAGCGAGAGGCUCCCAAAUAUCAGAGCGGCUUCCUAGCCAUCAUAAUUUGCCUCGUGAUCUGUGUGAUUGACGGCUUUGUGUUGUUGCUCUAUCUUCGCUGGGAGAACAGGAGACGUGAGAAGAAGGCUAGCAACGAUGAUCCUGUCGUCGAACAAGAGAAGACUGUUACCAACACUCAAUGUGAACUGGUGGACAUUACAGACUUGAAAAACAGACAGUUCCGGUACGUGUAUUAA